AUGCUAGAAGUUCAUACCGUCAUAAAAGAAGGGGAUCGGAGUUCUGCUUCGUACUGCGAAUCUAAGGCUUGGAUCGCGUUAGUUGCAUAUCUGAUAAUGGUGGAUGUACCAAGAAACUUUCGUCUCCUCGAAGAACUGGAAGACGGCCAGAAAGGAAAGGGUGAUGGGAACAUCUCAUGGGGUCUUGAAGAUGACACUGAUAUGACACUUACGAGAUGGACAGGAACCAUCAUCGGACCUCCGAGGACUCCGUAUGAGUCGCGAAUCUAUAAUCUGCAUGUGGAGUGUGGGCCCAAUUACCCAAAAGAACCUCCCAGUGUCCGAUUCACCACGAAAAUCCAUAUGAACGGAGUAAACCAAACGACUGGCGUGAUCGACAAGAGGAAUCUAAGCACACUGCGUUCAUGGAAUGGAAGUUUCAUGAUAAACCUGCAGAGGGAGCCACUUUCUAAUACUGUUGAGGUUGAAAUGGAGUUGCCAUCUGCCAUUGUCUCGAACACCUUCAAAUGUCUUGAACCAUCUAAGUUUUGGAGGAUUCGCUCAUACACGGAAUACUCCGCACUUUUGAUGUAUACUUUACAGUGA